AUUAAAAAGACGAUAGUAUGAGAUUGGCUCUACAAUAAUAAAAAAUGCCCUUGAGGCUGGCCGAAUGACGAUGAGCAGCAACCACAAGCAAGUUGAGAUUUCGUUUGAAGAUUCAAAUCCGCAGAAAUGGCGUCUUCCGCUCAAGGAAGACAGUUUUCGCAGCUUCAUGGAGAAGGAAAAAAACAACGCAACCGCGCAGAAGGUUUUUUCCCGAGGUUCGCUUUUCAGCCCUUUUUUGUUUGGGAAAUUCUUCGACCCUUCUGAUGCUUUCCCGCUGUGGGAGUUCGAGGCUGAUGUUCUGUUGGCAACACUUCGCUCUUCAAAUCAUCACUGCAACGUUGAUUGGCUCCAAUCCGAUGCCGAUUUUACACUAAAAGCUGAACUACCAGGAGUGGGGAACAGUGGCGUUCAGAUCUGUAUUGAAAACAGAAAAGUGUUGGAAAUCAGGGGAGUGUGGAGAGAGCAGCAAAGAGAAGGUGGAGGGAGCGACUGGAAAAGCAGCAGCCAUUGGUGGGAACAUGGAUUCGUACGGAGGAUUGAACUCCCUGAAAAUGCAGAUUGGAGGAAAAUGGAGGCUAACAUGAAUAACGACCCUAUGUUUUUACAGAUACGAAUUCCAAAGGCCGCUGCUCCGAACUCUUAAAUGUCUCCAGCAUGCAACAAUGCAGCAAAAGACUCCGAAAAUGCUUUAUGAUUCCAGAUAAAGGAUUACGAUUACUAUCACAGAAGUAUGUAUAUAUUCCUGUUCGGCAACCCCAUGGCAACCACAACUUAACGGUUUGAUUAUAAAUAAAAUAAUGUAAUCAAUACUAGCUACUUACUUUAAUUCCCUAACAAUCAAUUAUAGUAACUCUUAUGUUUUCAAUCAAGAGAACAAAAACUUCUAUCCAUGUUGACAACACAAAAGGAAGCAUUAACUGCUCCCCACCCCUGCCCCCUGUCUUGCAUAUAAGUUCUGCUGGUUUGUUUUCAAGUCUAGUGUAAAGUUUAUUUGUCAGUAAUGGUAUGAUGAGACCUUUUAAAGCUCCAAACGCGAAGAUGAAAACUGAAAUAUAAGCAAUUACAUUUGAUGCUGAAAAUUCACCAUGAGCGAUCGUAGAACGCCAGAACGGUCCAGACAAAUUGGAGACGAGCCAUAUGGAACGUUGAAUGGCCAAUUGCAAUUGGAUUGUUGGGGCUCUAGGAUCCAGACCAGGUGAAUCUGUAUCGUCCAAUUGUUGAUGUGUAGGACAUAGGUGGCAUUGCAGAUGGGUGACUUGUAUCAUGUAAAAACCAAAAGGGUGGAAAUAUGGACUUUUUGAGAGAUGCUUCAUAGUUCAUACUUGGAAAGAGAAAUGGAAACAGGCUAUAUGAUUGAUGCAGAUGGUCUGUUCUUGAGUUGUAAGUCGCCGAGCCUGUUUUGCUGUGAUAGAGUAGGGACUCGAUCACAUACGAUUGAUCGAUGUAAGAGUAAAAAUGUCAAGUGCAGAAGCUCGAGUCCGAUUGGAACCCCUCUCCAAGUGAUCGGGCGUGCUAUAUUUAUGAUUUAAUGUUGCAAAAUAUCUUAGCACAUGUUAAUACUUUCAACUGAAGGCAGUGACGUCAAAACUAUGAUCAUCUCUCUUGCUUGUUCUAUGUUUAAAAUUAUAUCUAAAUAGAAGUUAUGAUCCACAUUCAAUGAAAUCUAAAGAAUUGAAGAACUUUUAGCAUAUUAGAGUACUAAAAAAAGAAAUAAUGUCACAAGUAAUACUAUAGGCUUUUCAAUGGAUAAAAAUAAGAACAAUUUUGAAGUUGAGCAAAAAAAAGACAUAUUACAAGCGAAAGGACUAGGGGUGGACUCAGGUCGGGCCGCCCGGCCCGGAUGGCCGGUCUUCGAGCCGGUUAGGGCCUACUGAACCGCUCAAUUCCUGGGGCAGGCUCGGGCCUCCUAAAAGUGGAACCGGCCCGGCCGGUUCGGGCCAAUUUGUUUUUUUUCAAUUUUUUUCGUUUCUACUGGGUUGGGCCGGGUGUUUUGGGGCGGUUUGGGGGUUGGGGGUGAGGGGGGGAAGGGGGUUGGGGGUUAAUUACAAAAGCAAAAGGAAAAAAAAUAACAUUGAACCGGGACCGGCCCGGAACCGCUGCCUACCCGGGCCGGUUCUGGUUCUCCCUUCCCAGAGAAAAAACCCGGCUGGGCCUAGGCCCGAACUAGAACCGGCCCGGCCCGGCCCGGGUCCAUCCCCAGGAAGGACUGAAAUGCCCUUAACCUGUCUCAUCCUUCAGCCUCCCCUGACCCUCAACUUACACCUCCCUCGUUCCAUACUUUUUAGCCAUCUUAGUGUAUGCAUCGGCUCUCCAUAAGAAUAAUGGUGGUGGCGGCUACAAUCAAUGAUUGCGGCUAUGACCAAUGACGACAGUGGUGGAGACCGGAGACUAUUGGCGACGAUGAAGCCUGAAGGCAGUGAUAGAGAGAUGGUCAUUGUUGGAUUGGUCAAUGCGUUUAUUAGGCACGAGGGCUUCUGCUUCUUCAAUCUUCAGUGAUCUUCCUCUUGGGCAUUGUCGAUUGCAAUUAAUUUCUUCCGUGCGAACACUAAAGAAUGUCAGACGACGCAGAUAUGCUUUUGCUUCGUCUUUGAAGAUUAAUUGAUGGUUGUUUGAGCAUAGGUGAAAUAGUGGUGUGAUCGACAACUAGGUCUUCAAGUGUCAGCGACAACUAGAGUUACACGCAGAGUGGACAGAUCUGAUGGUGACUUAGGUCACUUCACACCAGGCAAGGACUAGAGUGUUAAUGUGAGGUUACAGACGUGACAAGGCGGG